AUGAAGCUCUUCUCCAAGGGCCACAAGAAUGGGGCUUCCAACCCCCCGGCCACGGCGCCACCCGUGAAAAAAGACCUUCAGGUACCGCAGAUUUCACCGCUAGAAAAGAGGUUGCAGGACAUGGGACCCAUCCGUGAAGACGGGAGUGACAAGUUCUAUGGAAUGGAAAAUUAUGGAAACACUUGUUACUGCAACUCAAUCCUGCAAUGUCUCUACUACUCGGUUCCCUUCCGUGAAGCCGUCAUUAACUACCCGCAACGCACCCCGAUGGAAAGCCUCGAGGCCGCGCUCGCAAAGAACCUACGUUACCAGAACCCAAAUGCACACCUCGAAGCUGAGGCACUGGCUGCCAAACAAAAGGCUUCCUCACCACCAUCUGCGCGCCAGGCCGGUGUACCCCCAAAUCCAAACCAGAAGCCCGAGGACAAGGAAUCACCCGAAUACAAGAAGAAGGUAGCACUGCAGACCCUUCCGAUUUUGGAAACCAAGAACAAUGCGACCAGUUACGGCAUGUCCGAGUCUCUUUUCACAUCGCUCAAGGACAUCUUCGAAUCGGUGGCAGGAAGCCAAGCGCGUAUUGGUAUCGUUCGCCCGCAACAGUUCCUGGACGUUCUACGACGAGAACACGAAAUGUUCCGGACUGCCAUGCACCAGGAUGCACAUGAGUUUUUGAAUUUGCUCCUCAACGAGGUGGUGGCUAAUGUUGAAACGGAGGCUACAAAGCAGGCCUUCACAGAGAAAGCUUUGCCACCAACAGAGAGUGCGGACUCGUUGGGAAUGGUGCCAUCUAGCACGGGUUCCAAGUCGCCAAAUACUACGAGAUGGGUUCAUGAGCUGUUCGAGGGUACUCUAACGUCCGAGACCAAGUGCCUCACCUGUGAAAAGGUCUCGCAGCGAGACGAGAUCUUUUUGGAUUUAUCGGUGGAUCUCGAGCAGCAUUCGUCCGUGACCUCUUGUCUUCGAAAGUUUUCGGCUGAGGAGAUGCUUUGUGAGCGGAACAAGUUCCACUGCGACAACUGCGGUGGACUCCAAGAAGCGGAGAAGCGGAUGAAAAUCAAACGUUUGCCCCGUGUACUGGCUUUGCAUUUGAAGCGUUUCAAAUACACAGAAGACCUGCAGCGACUGCAGAAGUUGUUCCAUCGCGUCGUUUAUCCCUACCAUCUUCGUCUGUUUAACACCACAGACGAUGCCGAGGACCCAGAUCGGCUUUAUGAAUUAUAUGCGGUGGUUGUUCACAUUGGCGGAGGACCGUAUCACGGCCACUACGUUGCCAUUAUCAAGACCGAAGACCGUGGUUGGCUGUUGUUCGACGACGAGCUUGUGGAACCAGUUGACAAAAGUUACGUGCGCAACUUCUUUGGAGAUCGACCCGGAUUGGCGUGUGCCUAUGUCCUAUUCUAUCAAGAGACCACUCUGGAGGCUGUUAUGCGAGAACAGGCGCAAGAGAACCAGGCCACCGCCGCAGCAGCCGAAGCAAGUGAGGCCGGAAAGUCUAAUGGGUCUCCCUUCUCACCACCGUUGGCUCAUGCCCAAAGUGCACCUGUGCCUCCUGAAAGCACAACCCCCUUCACUCCUCUCAGCCGAAUCCCAACGGCACCCCCACUAUCUACCUACCCAGAAGAACCCUCAGAGCCCCAAUUAACUUCAUCACGGUCCGUUCAACCGCCUCUCCCUCCGAUCCCUGACGAACCAGCUCUCCCAUUGAGCCCAAAGAAGAGUGAUCACCAACUACGGAAGGAACGUCGGGCCAUGGAGAAAGAGAAGGAUAAGAACGAAAAGAAUCGUCAGAAAGAGCAGGAUCUGCACAACCGAGAAAUGCACCGACGAGAGGCAGAGGAACUGAGAAAGGCCAUCGAGGCCAGCAGGGCCGACACGGUCGACUUCGCCGAGAACGGAUCACCAAGAAAGUCGAGCAGUUUCGGGUUUUUGAAACGAGGCAGUCGCAGUCUCAGUCAACGACUCGGCAAAGAAAGAGAGCCCCGACUCUCAACAUCGGAUCUCUCGGCAGCACCGCUUCUUCCCGAGGUUGUGCCAGAAGCGCCACUCAAAGAGGCAGAACCGGCCCAGCCAUUCACCAAACCAGUUCAGCCGAUUAAACCAAUCCACCAGGCUCAGCCAGUUCAGUCCCCGGUUUCUUCCCCGAGGGAUUUCCCACCUAUCUCCAACCCUAAACAACCCAAGCAGCCCAUCCAACCUAUCCGGGCCCCUGAGCCCUUGGCUAAAGACCAACACACCAGCCAUACAAAGCCCGGCCAUACCCCUCGGUGGAGGUCUUUCAGUUUCAAGAAAGUGUCCUAA